AUAUAAGGAGAGUGAAAUGGUGCUGAAGGGCCGGGAGGAGAGAGUAACAUCCCUUCACAGGAAGAGACAGCACAGUGAGGUCUGAGCACAACUAACAUGAAAGUCACGAGGCCUCUCAAGUCCAAGCUUUGCAGCAAAGUAAAACUAGUCUAUACUAUUUGGUUUUGAGUUUAUAAUAGCAGCGCUUGUGUUUGUAAAAUAGAAAAAGAAAGACAAUAGAUAAUAAAAUCAACAGCAAUCUGGGGUGACAAACACCCAGGAAGUAUUCGGCCAUGACCACAAACAUCAAAUGACUUGUUGUUUCCCCGACCAAGAGUAAUGCUACUGAAACUGCCAUCUGUUUUCACCUUCUUCGAAGCCAUGUUACAAAGUAUCACAGCAGCGAGUGCAAACAAUUAGUGAGGGAUUAAGCUGACAGUUGGACAUGAACAUAAAACAAACAGGAGGCAGGUAUAAAUAGAAAAAGAGAACUUUGAUUAACAUGAAGCUGGUACAAAAACAGCCAGAGACAAAACUGAGGGAGCAGGCUAAAGUCAAACAGAGAACAAUGGGGAAAACAGGCAUAUAUACACUCAAAGUGACAUCAACAAGCCAAACACAAGGGCAGCAGGUUAUUAGACACAGUUGGAUCCAAUCAGGGCGAGGCAAACAACCACAGAAAGGAGGGACAUAAGAAACCAGGCAUGAAAAUAACAAUUUUGCUAAAGUAAAUAUCGACUGUAAUAAAAAUAUGCAAUCCCUUUCUCCAAAAUGUAAUUUGUAAGAAUAAUCAAACGUAAAAAUGAUAUUAGGAUAUAGUAAUCUUAAGUGUCUGCCAGUACAAAGUGGCAUAUGGCAUACAUAUGUGGGCAACAACAAGUCCUGUGGCCCCUCCCCCUGUCUUUUUCCACUGCAGUGGUGAAAACACUUUGUGUAUCAGCUUCAGCGAAAGCCACAGGAAGACUAGCCUUCAGCUCUGUGCGAUAAAACCACAUGCAUCAAAAGCAGUGCGACAUUCACACAUGAGAUAUCCUGCUACAUGUGAAGAUAUUUGUCUCAUAUUAAAUAGAAUUCUAUCAACAGUACUUCCAUUCCAAGUCAGGAAGAUCACAUUCACUCAAUUCUCACUCCUAUGCCGACUCUAAACAGAUCCUUUAAAUAACCAACAACAUUUUGCCACAAUCUAAACAGCCAAUCAUCAUGCUGCUGUCAAACUUUAAAUAUGUUCUCCCUCCUGCCGUCAGCUGUUAUUUUAGUAUUUAUGAACGCGGCCUUCCUUUCCUAGUCUACUCACAGCACCUCCCCCUUAAGACAUGUGAUAUCACAAUGGGGUGAAAUUGCCAAAGAAAAUUCUAAUUUCUACAAUCUUGUGAAAAGAGUUAUUGUAACUGCAACAAGGUUCAAUGUAGGAAUAUAAAGUAGCUUUUUUAUACAAAAGAAACUUUGGAUGUUGAUUAAUAUGGUCAAAGACAAACUGUGCAACAUGGAAGGCAGGAUCAAAUGUUCCUCAACAGUAAAAGUGGUUCAACAAAAUAUGCUUUGUUAAAGAUGAUGAUAAAUCAUGUUUUUGGAAGAAGAUCCCAGUGAAAUUAAAAAACCUUGUGAGUGUGAAGAGUGUAAGAAUAAUCAAUAUAUUGAAACGGAACAUUAAAUGAUAUAAUUCACUGUUUCCCGACGGACCAGACCUUUACUUCCGGUCAUACCGGAUGUUAUUGUUUUUAGCCUCAGGUAGCAUGUAGCUAUAUUGUAUAGUGUAUGAGUAGAUGGAAAAUGACGUGUGGAGCUACAUACUAAACACACCGCCUCUAUCUCUCAUUCAUUGACGCUGCAAUAAUAAUAUUAGUGUUCAAUAACCAAUAAACCUCAGAAGGACAGUAUAAUAGAAUAUCAUAGGUGGAAGCGUCAUGACGACGCCAGCAGGCGGUGAUGGUGACUUCAAAAGAGGGCUAAGCAGAACGCGCCCUCGACCCACCUCCGUCGACGUCAGCCAACAGAAGAGACGGGGAUAUGCCCAUGUCACGACAAGGGGCCAACAGGAUCCGGCCCCCGCUGCCAACCAAGGAGAGAAGACGCGACCGGAAGGAGCAGAGAGUAGAAAUGCUUGAUGUAAACAGAAGAUCGAGGCCUUUCCUCCACGCUGCUGGUAGACAGCUAACUGCUUAAACGUGGACUGUGGAUCAGUGGCGUGGGGGAGGACCGCAGCUGUGUUUCCCUUGUGGAUUUACUGUGCCGUUAUGUAAUAAAUAGUUAUACUUUACAGAGAAGCUUCUUGGUAUAUUUAAGACCAACUCUUGGUCCUCAAGCAAAGAAUAUUGUGAAUAGUAUUGAAUAGCAGAUACCUUUCUAGAUUGUGUUUUUCUUUAUUACAUUACAUCAUAGUUUGUACAGAAUAUGAAUAUGACACCCUAUGUUCUUGGACCCUCACAUCGGCCAUGGAAAACCUUCAAAACAACACCCCAGUUAACUGGGGAAAAUGGAAGAACAUGGGGAGAGCAACAGAGGAAGAUCCCUCUCCCAGGACGGACAGACGUGCAAUAGAUGUUGUGUUUAAUUUAAAAGGAUAAUACAUUUACAACACAGGUAGUUCAAAUGCUUGAAAAUGUAUGUGUCUAUAAGUAAGAAGAAGAUGAAUCCAGGUGGAUGUCAACAAUCCUGUAGAAGCCCUCAAAGAAGUAGUAAGGUGAGCAUCAGGCCAGACCACAGCGACAGGCAUAUCUACGACUUAUGACCGCAAAUCAGGACCACAGCAAAACGCCCAUCAGCUACAAAUGAUUCAGGUGUAGACAGACACCAAAAUUAAGUUUCGGGGGAAGCUGGGUUAUUUGGAACAAGAGAGUACACAGGUGAGAGAGAGAGAAGAUAGAAGUCAGGUGUCCCCUGAAAGUCCAAGCCUAUAGCAGCAAAACUAACCUAACUAUAAGCAUUAUCAAAAAGGAAGGUCUUAAGCGCACUCUUUUGUAGUAUUGUUCUAGAACAACCUUCUUUGUUCUUGUUGCUUCUUCUUUGCGACUGAAAAUGUCACACCUGGCCUUUGUCCAAAAAUACAGUCAGCGGCUAGAUGUUUUGUAAAAAAACAAGUGUAAGCACUAACCUGCAGGCUAAAUAAAAACACAGCAGAAUCUCAACCAUAGGAAGACUGGUUUUCCCCCAUAACCUCAUAACUCAAAAGCCUGAACAUAUAAAGUAUGACGAUACUUAAGUUUCCAUUAUACAUUAACCCCUUCUGACACUUCAUCACUGAGAUAAACUGCUGCCCUCACGAGACAUAACCAAAUCUACUUUCAGACUUAUGGAAAGGUAACAACUCACACAUGCACGACAAAAUAUAACUGCAUUCACUUUGUGCAUGAAAAGUAGAAAGGGAAUAGAGUGGAGUAUUUGCAAUUUGAGGGUACACAGCACAGGCGCCCUUCAUUAUGUCUUAUGUAGGACCAGGGCCUUGGAGAAUCAUUGCUGGAUAUGUUUAAUCGCUGUAAACUAAGAAACUCCAGCCAAUGAAAAGCAACAAAUGCUACAGUCAAAUUUGGGUUGUAGCAUCUAAUGUGUUCCUGUUGUUCAUCCAUGGCCAAAUAAGCAGGUUACUUUCAACAACUCAUUAAAACGUCUUUGAAUAUGCAACGGCUUGUUUUACUCUUUCAUAUGAUUGAGAUCUAGGGGUAUUAUUAUGAUAGAAGUGAGAUGGGGGAGGCCACCUUUUGUGACCCAAACACUUCUCUUUCCUGUGCAGAAAGCACAAUUAAUUCAAUGUCACCAUUAUCAUGUAGACUAUUAUCUCAACAUUUGUAGCUUGCAAGAUGAUUUUUAGUAGUCAGUCUAGAAAAUAUUUUGUGACGUACAUCUACAGUCCACUUUAGAGCCCUCUGAUUAUUUAUGUCAUCUCAGUGGUCAAAGCCAGUAAUAGUUUUGUGCCUUCUUCGACUUUAGAUCGGGGAAUUACAUUUGGAAAUCAUAUAUUAAGGUUUUGUUUUGUCUUUUUAAAUGAUCUGAAGUCUGAGGUAAAGGCUAACAUUGUGCACUUGUUUGUUCCUGAAAGCACUAACGUGUUCAGAGUCCCCUCCUCUCUUUUCGUUGAGAGCCCCCUCACUGGAGCACAGUUCAGUUGCGGACUUUGGCAGAGCUUCAGUCGCACCCAGGAUGAAGACGUCUACCUUGAUAACAGCUUUGAGUCUCUGCAGCUUCUGCUGGACUUCUGUCCCGGAUUCUGUGGAGGUCCGGCCUGGUGAAGAUGCCUCACUGAUGUGCACCAACAUUUCCAAAUAUGACACCGUGGCAUACUGGUUCAGACUGGUGAACAAAACCGAGGUCAGCUGUGUCUCCACAAGGACCAAUUCUCAGAGCGAGGUUAUCUACUGCGAUGGACUUCAAGAAUCUAAAUUUGAGAUGAUAUUCAACACCGUCAACAUCGUCCUCAAAAUCAAACAAGUGGAUGAUUCUGACUCUGGACUGUACUUCUGUGGAUUUUACAUAGGUGGGAUUCCAUAUCACAGCAUGACACGUUUGAGCGUUACAGGUAGCGAUGUUGACUUGGAUAUUAAAGUAAAGUCGUGUGAAGUAGCCGUGCUGACGAGUGUAAUUCUGGGCGUUCUGACUGUUCUCCUUGUCAUGGUCAUUAUUGGUCUGGUCGUUCAAAACAGGAAGCUUCAAACAGCUCAUGAAGAAGUACAGAAUCCAGACCAGAGUGAGAAUUUGGACACUGGUGAACUGAACUACGCCGCAGUGACAUUUCAACCAAAGCCAAGGAGAAGAGAGACGAAACUGGACCCUCAUGUUAUGCUGCCACCAGAUAGGAAGCAGCUGGAUCUGAUGCUUCUGGAGCUUUUGUAUACAUUUUAGAGGGUGGAAUAACCAAUCAUGCCAAAUACUGCAUUUUUCAAUAAAGGUGCUUUUCCAAUGAAACCUUUUCCUUUCUCCUAUUCAAAGUCUAUCACACAAAAACACAUAUGUUACAAUAGUGAGGGUAAAGUUC